AUGGACUUCUAUCUUAAUAAUACGCACGGGAACACAGAGGAGGGGAAAUACUGCCUCAACCCCGUGUCCUACCUCUUGGUGGAUGGCAUCCCUGACGAGGUCCACAUCAACCACACGUCCUUCGUGCUCACGGCCACCUCAACACGCUACAUCGAUGCGGCCAUGGGUCUGGCUGACUGGUUCAAGAAGGAUGUGCUGACACCACCAUUCGAGGAGCUGCAUGGAGCAACUUUGUUCCACGAGAGUAUGAAGAACCUCGACACCGAUUUCCACAAGAUGGCGAAUGAAGCAUUGGAAGCACACGACAACUUCGGGAUCCCGAUUGCGCUGCGGGAGUUCCGUGAUUUGUUCAACGGGAUUCAGUCGGUGACUUACUGCUGCGGCGGCUCUGGUGAUGAUGCAGCUGCCAGGGCCAUUGUCAAGGCCUUCCCACACAUAAAGUGCACGGUGCUGGUCGAUCCCAAGAUGAUGAUUGGCACCAAGUCGUCUGAUGAUGGUCUCAUAAGCUAUGUUGCAGGUGACAUGCUCAACUUCAUCCCACCGGCUCAAACUGUGGUGCUAAAGUUUGUGCUGCAUUUUCUGACCGACGAGGAUUGUGCUAAAAUCCUAGCCCAAUGCCGAAAGGCAAUUCCUUCACGAAAGGAUGGUGGAAAAGUUAUCAUUGCUGAUAUUGUAAUUGACUAUAAUUCUCCUGGGCCAAUGUUGGAAGCUCAACUGUUAGUGGACAUUGGCUUUAUGACGAUGACUAAAGGAAGGCAACGCGACGAAAAUGAAUGGCGUCAGAUUUUCAAGAAUGCAGGGUUCACUGACUAUAAGCUUCUAAAGAAAUUUGGAGCUCGAAGUGUCUUUGAGGUCUAUCCAUAAGGUUGCACCGGGGCUUGGCAUGCUGAUGUACUAGUUAAAUAAAGCUCCCAGACAAUGCAGCUGAGCCGACAGUCUUGCAUGCUUCCUUAUGAUCCGUGUAGAACUUUUAUUUGGAAAAGUAUCAGUGCAUCUGAUGAAAACAGCAAACUAAUAUUUCCAAAACAGGUGGCGUCAUUGGAUAGUUUGUACUAUGUACCUUUUUUAAUUUAUGAGCAAUGUUAUCAUAAUAUAUCGUGGCAGUAUGUUGCUUGCAAUAUAUGUACGCUCAAGACCAUAAUGAAAAUGUGCAUGUUGCCUUGCCA